CCCGAUUGAUCCUUCAGCCUUCCGUCUUCACAGCUGUCUCCAAGAUGACUUACAGUGACCUUCCCCAUGAUGAUGAGCUGCCGUUUGAAGAGGUUCGUGCCACAUUGACAAAGAUGCAGUUUACAGAUGAGGAACUUCUUCAAGAACAGAUCGUGGGAGGAAGUGGAAGCAAGACCUUCGUUGUUCUUGUCGCCGCAUUUGCAGCACUGGGUGGGUUUCUGUUUGGUUUGGACCUUGGUUACAUUUCUGGUGUGGAGUCUAUGGCAUCAUUUAGUCAAGACGUUCUCAGCGGAGAAGAAAUCGAAUCCCUUGAAAAAGGAACAGUGACCGGGAUAUUUGCAAUUGGAGCUGUUGUUGCUGCUUUUCCGGCUGUGAUCUCCUGCAUUGUGGACAGGGUUGGCCGCAAAGGCUGUAUGGUCCUAGGUGGAUUGACUUUCUGCCUCGGUGCUGCAAUUCAGGGUUGGGCGCCCAAUCUGAAUACAAUGCUUUGUGGCAGAUUUAUAGCAGGUGCUUCUGUUGGGCUCUUGAGUGCCAACGUACCGCUUUACCAAGGUGAAAUCGCUCCUCCGGAAAACAGAGGCGCCAUUGUUGCCCUUUACCAGCUUGCUAUUACAAUGGGUAUCAUGCUCGCGUUUUGGAUGAACUACUGGCUACAGCCACUUCAGCAUGGCUGGCGGUACAGUAUCUUGUUGCAGCUCAUUCCUGGAGGAAUUUUUGCAGCUGGUGCGAGCUUCAUGCCCCAAUCUCCCAGAUGGCUUGUGUCAAGGAGAAGGUACAAAGCUGCCUUGGACAUACUGCGACGGAUUCGGGGCAAACAUGAAGAUGUGAGGAUGGAGCUCGUCGCUACCUACAAAGAAUAUAGAAGGGAAAGGGCCACUGGGAAAGCCAAUUAUGUCGAAUUAUUCACGGGAUCCAAUGGCAAGGUCCUCUUAAUUGGUAUCGUUCUGCAGCUCCUCCAGCAGCUGUGUGGUCUCAACGUUUUCAUGUACUACGGGCCAACCGUUUUCAAGAAGAUUUUUCAUGCUCCACGUGCGUCAUUUCUUUUUGCAGCUUUGUCUGGAUUGGUAAAUUUCUUGAGCACCUUUCCGGCACUUUGCUUGGUUGACCGGCUUGGGCGUACAACCCUCCUUUGUGCUUCCGCACUUGGAAUGGCUAUAUGUUGCAGCAUUCUGGCGGCUGUGGGAGAUGCAUGUUUUUCGUCAUCACAAGACGAUAGCUGUGGGCCAGUCUCCAAGUAUGCCAUGGCAGGAGCAAUUUUCUUGGACAUUUUCAACUAUGCAUACGGCUGGGGUCCGGUUGUUUGGAUCUACUGUGCGGAAAUCUUUUCCUUAAAGUACAAGACUAAGUCCAAUGGAUUGACGACCGAUGCCAACUGGGUUGGGAACUUUCUGAUUGGCUUUGCCCCUCCUUGGCUGAUGGAAAAGAUCGGCUUCAAGACGUUUUGGAUCUUUGCAGCUGUUAAUCUUUUGGGAGUUGCUCUCAGUUGUGUGCUGCCAGAGACGAAGGGCAAGUCUUUGGAGGAAAUUCAGGAAUUAUUUCAUUCCUGGCUCCAUAAAGGGGAGGAGCUUCCUGGAGACCUAUUCCUGUGUGCAGACGAAUCAGACGAAGGUGACGUCUCUGAAAGUGAUUCAUCUUCGGACUUAUAGCUUGGGUAAUGGAGGUAGGCUGCAAGACCUAGCCCCGUUCUGCAUGUUUGCGGGACAGCUGGUGCGCCUCCUGUGGAUGGAGGAAUGUUUAGCUCCACUAUUGGGUCCUUUUCAUGGUGGCUUUGGUUGAUUCGGACAUCAACCUGGCCUUUCCACAUUUUGCCAAUGCCAUUCUUCUACAUACAUAUUGUCUCUUUAGAUGAUUUGCAAGUGGUGCUCACCUUGAGGAGAAAAGGAGUCCCGCAUGAAGGGUAAAAGAUGGG